CUUUCGUUUCCCUGGUGAAACUUUUAUAAAUACUUCCAGCUUGUGCUGUGGAAAGGGGAACUGACAGCUGCAGUUUGCGCUGUUUCUGAGCCUCAGGUGGACUAACUUUUCACUGGUGUCUGCGCGGAACACGAUGGAGGCAACAGAUGUGGAAGAGCUGCUCGGAGACCGUGAUCAGCUUGUAGCGCCUCCUAAUGGAAAUGUGAACGAACUGCUGGAUGUGGGGCAAGAUGAUAACAUGCAGGGCCAGGUGGAGGAGUUUCUGGGCCCGCAGGCUGAGUACAAUGAGGAGGAGGAGGAGAGGAAGUACUACAGGAGGAAGAGGUUGGGGGUCAUCAAGAAUGUUCUUGCAGCCAGUUUUGGAGCCAUGAUCGUGUAUAGUGUGUAUAUGGGCCUUCUACAGAUGCAGCUGAUCCUUCAUUAUGAUAUGACCUACCGAGAAGUUAAGUACAGCAACCUUGGCCUGGAGGACAUCGACCGCAAGAUGAUGAUGGGCAUCAACGUCACGCCCAUUAUAAGCCUGCUGUACACCCCCAUACUCAUCAGGUUUCUAGGUACUAAGUGGAUGAUGUUCCUGGCUUCAGGAAUCUACGCACUAUUCGUCUCGACCAAUUACUGGGAGCGUUACUACACCUUGGUUCCGUCAGCCGUCGCAAUUGGUGUGGCCAUUGUGCCGCUGUGGGCCUCCUUAGGAAGUUAUAUCACCAGGAUGGCUCAGCAGUACUACGAGUACGUCAACUACAGAGAAGAGCACGUGCAGGAGCAGAAGAAGCUACCUAAAGGAGCUUGCCACAAAUACAUCAUCGUCUUCCAGUCGGUCUUCAACAUCAUCUUCCAUCUCAGUUUGGUCUUCGCCGAGUUCCCCAUGCGUCUCGUCCUCAACGGCUACCUGCAUGAGAACAAACACAUUCUCUGCAAAGUCAAACACUGCGGUGCCUCAAUCAGUGGCAUAAUCCCCGGCUUCAACACCACCGUGUUGACCAAGCUGCCGCGCUCCAUGCUGCUCAUCCAGGUGGAAAGCGUCCUCAUGGGCUUUGCCUUCCUCGCCAUGCUCAUCUUCCUCUUGCUGUGUGGGGCUGCCUAUCGUCCGACAGAAGAGAUCGACCUCCGCAGCAUAGGCUGGGGAAACAUCUUCCAGCUGCCUUUCAAACACCUGAGAGACUACAGGCUGCAACUUCUCGUCCCCUUCUUCAUCUACAGCGGAUUUGAAGUGUUGUUUGCCAUCACUGGAUUUUCCCUGUCCUAUGGUGUAUGUGUAUUGGGCCUAAAAAGCAUGUGGCUCCUCAUUGUCGUCUACGGCCUCUCCUGCUCCGUCUUCUCUUCCCUCUCCUUGUGCCUCCUACGCCUCCCUCGCUGGGUGUGUCUGAUGGGGGGAGCCGCUGUGCACUUUGUGCUGCUGGUGACUCUAAUGGCGUUAGAUCUGCCUCCAAAUAAUCCAAAAUAUCUCGGCCCUUUGCUGGUGAUUAGUGUGCUGUGGGGACUUGGCACUGCCCUUAACAAGACAGGCGUCAGCACCCUGCUCAGUAUGCUGUAUGCUGAGGAAAAAGAACGUCUGGACUUCGUCUACACCAUCUAUCACUGGUGGCAGGCCCUUGCCAUCUUCAUAGUUUACCUCUGGUCCUACCUGCCUAUGAGGGCCAAAAUCUCUAUCUUAUUGGCCACGUUACUGCUGGCAAGCUACUGCUAUUGGGUGAUGGAGCGUCGCCUCGCUAGGAAUGUGAUUCCCAGACGGCCUCGGAUCCCUCGGCCAAGGCACAAGGUCAAAGGCUACCGCUACCUGGAAGAGGACAACUCAGAUGAGUCAGACUCUGAGAAAAGUGAAGAGGACGAGACUGAGGAGGAGGAGGAGGAGGAGGAGGAGAGGAAGGACGACGACGAGCAUGUGGCGGAGGAGAUCGGAGCAGAGGACAGAGAGGAAGGGGGCCAGGACGGAGGGGCCCAGGGAUUUGACUCACCCGGCGCCAGGAGGAGAGGGGCCGAGGGUCACCGCCACAGAUGGGAGGAUGCCUAUGAAAGGGAAGAGCAGGAGGGAUGGUGAGAGAGGAUAAAGAGGAGGAGAAAAGGGAGAGAUGGUGGACAGAUGACACCGACACAGGAGAAUGGGAGAAAUGCUGGAAGCUAAUAUUCAUGAAACCAUUCAUAUUUUUUUUACUGAGAUUUAUCCUUCAUAAAAUUCUUAUAUACUACACUAAACAGAACACACAUUUUUCUGGCAUGAUCUUUAAUUAUUCACUGUGCGACUUCACAACAGUGAUCCAAAAAACAAGGUAAAGGUACAGCAACUAGAAAUGCUGAAUUUCUGUAAAAUAACAGGCAUCAUGAAGGAUAGCACACACUGGAUAAAACAAGACUGAAACUCACAUACAACUUUUGUUUUUUUUCUUCUGCUGCACAGUUUGUGGCUCAUACCAAAAGUGCUGAUAAUUAUUGCAGCUGCUUUUUGUACUUCAUCAAGUAGAAAAAAAAACCUUUCUUUAAAAAUAUGCACCUACCUGCAAAGACAGAACUGAAAGCAACUGAAAAAGAAAUGAGGAAUUGAUUUUCUCUGUUUAUCCCGCGGGGUGAAAUGUGUUGUGAUGGAGUCACUUUCAGAGAGCCUUGCUGGAUGUGAACAGCAUAAACAGCCUGAGUUAUAUUUGUUCUUGUGAACCCCUGAACUUAUGCACAUUUAUUUAAGGAAACCUAUCAGAAGAAAUCAGAAGUUCAGACACGUGUCUGUUGCACUGAUGUAUCUCCUGGGCUGGGUUAAACGUGCUUUCUGCAGAAGCUAAAUAUGAAUAUGACUGUAUGAAUGUAUUUAGUUGGGUUCAAUUUGAAACAGGUACCAGGGUCAGUCAUGUACGACCAAAGCCAGUAAGGUACACAUUUUAGUUAACAUUGGCCUCAAGUGACUAUUAACGCUUAACUUAAAUUCAGCAAUGAACAAGACAAAGAGUCUGCAGCCAAGCUAGCAGCUCCUUGAGGCUACUUGUGUGCUAAUGUUAGCAUGCUAACAUGAUCACAAUUACAAUUAAACACAAUGUUAACAUGGGGAUGCUUGGCAGGUAUAGCGUUUACCAUGUUCAUUAUAUUUUGGUGUGUUAACAUGCUAACAUUAGCUAAUUAGCACUAGACACAAAAGGUACAGGUGAUGCUGACUAGAGGAUAGUCAGGGGUUCAUUGCCUCAUACAGCGUUCUCUGGGGACCAUGAAUGUGUUUAUAACAUUUCAUUGCAAUUGAUUGAACACAUUCAGAUUAUGUCUGAAACUAUUAAUGGAUCAGAGUGUCCGCAUGCUGUUAAUAAGCCUAGAAAGUAUUGUGAUUUUUUGUGUAAAUCUGAGACUUCACAAAGUAUUAAAAUGUUCUACAGUACAGUCAUUAAGAGGUACUAUUUUUUCAUGACGCAACAACAGCUUUAUUUGAGUCAAAUCCAUAUUCUUUUAAAGAUUUAUAACUGGUCUGGUUGCAUAUACAAACCAAU